AUGAAAAAAUUUAUAUUCCGCCUAGGAUUUAUAUUGGCAAUGAAUAUAAUAUUUUGCCAAUUUUUGAAUGCUUUUCUAUCUCUCUUAAUAACCCUAAUAGAUUGCAAAAUGAUAAGAAGGUAAAAUCAAUAAAUAUUUCAGUACAAUUAACCAUGAAUAUGCCAAUUAUUUAUCAAUAUUUGGAUUAGGUGUGUGGUUGCUUUUAAAUUAUUAUUUAGAAGGCUUUCGCUUCAAUUCAAUGUUAAUUAUUUUUGCUAUGUUUGCUUUCUAUUUAGAUAAAGUACCUAGACAAUUUUUUAUUAGGCUCUUUAAUUAUCUAGUAUAAUAUCCAAUAUCUCAGCUAUAUUUGCAAUUUUAUAUAUAUGGUCCUCGAUCAAAUGGAAGUAUUACUCAUUGCCACUUCCAAAAGGCAAGUUUAGAACUUGUUAUAAAGAAAUAUAGAUGAAAGAUAAUUAUUAGACAAGUGUUUCAGUUUAUUACCCUUGUCAUGAUUAAAAGUAGAAAGAUGUUGAUUUUAAAUGGCUACCAAACUCAAAAUAUUCAAAAUAAAUAUAUGAAAGAAUUAAUUUACAGUUGAAAUGGGUUCCUCCUUAAUUCAUAUUCGAUUUUGGACUUAGCUUCUUAAAGUAAUAUUAAGCACAAAUAAUAGUUAUAUCACAUUUAAGGCUAGUGCAGAGUAACCUUUGCUUGAUGAAAAACUUGAUGUAAUUAUUUUUAGUCAUGGAUUUACUUAACAUAGAAAUGCUUAUACUUUUUUGUGCUAAGAACUAGCAAGCGAAGGCUAUAUUGUGUUUUCACCCUAACAUACAGAAAUGGUUUAUCCUUGGGAUUAAAAAUAAACCAAAAUCUUACAUUCUGGAAAUAAGGCUGAAGUGAUGAAUAAUUAUUAAAGUUUAAGGGCAACUCACUUAGAUUGGAGAUGUGAAUAAGUAAAGUGUUUAAUAUAGCAAUUGUAAAAUGAUAAAUUAUAAGAAACCUUCAAAAAUUUUAAACCUUUAAGUAUUAAUUUGAUCGGCCAUUCUUUUGGAGGAGCAACUGUUUUGAAAAUUGCUUAAGAAAUUAAAUUAGAUACUGUGAUAUCAUAUGAUCCAUGGUUAUUCCCAUUCAAUUAAGAAGAUUUUUAAAAAUAACUUAAAGGAAGAACAUUAAUCUUGAGCAAAGAUAUAAAUAGAAUUAGAUAAGAAGUUUUUGAACCAAAGCUAUUACAGGAUUUUCUUAAUGAUAGAAAAGACGUUGAUCACUAUCGUAUAAAAGGGUUAGAUCAUGCCUAUCCAAAUGAUUUAACCUAUUUGAUGGCUACUGAAUUGACUAUAUUUGGAGAAAUCAGAAGCAUUUACAAUAUUUAGUAAGUUAACUAACUUUUGAUUUAAUUAACAAAAAAAUAUUUGAAGAAUUAACAAUUCACUUAAGAGGAAAUGAAUCAAUUUUAUUGA